AUGGUAGCCGGCAGCCACAGCGGGAAGCGCGUGCUCACUCUAGGACGCGCAGAUGCAGUGCAGUUGCAGCGACAGUUGCAGGUAGUGGAGCAGGUCGCAGAUGGCGCGAGGGUACCCAGUGGCGGCGCAGCCGCGGCGGCCACUGCGGGUGGCAGACGCCGCAGAGACGGUGCACCGUCACCGUCACCGGCAAUGACAGACAGUGGCGCGUCUAACACACGGCGUGAGGACAGCCAGCAGCGGCCGCAGCGUAGACAGGCGCCACCAGGUCGCAGCCGGGGAGCGCCCACGCACGAACGCCGCACGCAUAAUGCGCGCAUCGCCGCCGAUUGCACGAACAGUACCUGCUGCACUUCGCCCACUGUGAGCCCCACUCUAGUUAUACCGCCGUACCCGCUGCAGCGUGUACCUUCUGAAACAACUGUGGCACGCCCACUGCCACAUGAUCAAAAAAAUGCUUCGUGA